AUGCGCUCUACUCUGCUCCUCGCUGCCCUCGCCGCUGGCUGCGUCAACGCCUUCGAGAAGCGUAUCUAUGUGACCGACUGGACUACCGUCACCGUCACCAAGACUGUCACUGCCCCCGCCGUUACCGAGACUGUCCAGCCUGCCCAACAGGCCCAGAUCCAGAACACUGUGACGACCACCACCCAGCCCGCCGUCGCUGCGGCUGCCGAGACCGAUUCUUCCGAGCUGGCCAAGAAGUCCACUGUUGUCGUUCCUAUCUCGUCCACUACUCAGGCUGCUGCCGUCGCCGCUGAUACUGCCGCCGCUGCUACUUCCUACUUCUCCACUGCCUGGACUUCCACCGUCGAGGCUGCCUCUUCUACCCUGGCUGUCGCCACCUCCAGCGCUUCCUCCGCCGCGUCUACCGCCAGUGCCACCAACUCCUACCAGUCUGCUGUCCUGUACAACCACAACAUCCACCGUAGCAACCACUCCGUCUCUUCUGUUGAGUGGUCUGCCGAUCUCGAGGCCAGUGCCCAGGUUCUGGCUUCUCGUUGCGUGUACCAGCACGAUACCUCCAUCAAUGGCGGUGGUUAUGGUCAGAACAUUGGCUACGGUGUUGAGGCUGGCGAGGUCGGUGUCAUGAUUACCAACUUGAUGUACAACGAUGAGAUCGAAUUCUUCCCUACCCCCUACGGUGCUUCCGCUCCUAGCAUGACCGACUUCGACAAGUGGGGCCACUUCUCCCAGAUCGUCUGGAAGGCCACUACCCACGUUGGCUGCGCUACCGUGACCUGCAACAGCCUGGGCAACGUCGACUCCAGCUCCGCCCUGCCCUUCACUGUCUGCAACUACUCGCCCGUCGGUAACGUUGACGGACAGUAUGGCGAGAACGUCCUCGCUCCCGGCACUGCAGGCACGUACACUGCCUAA